AUGUCGAAGUACUUCCACAGUCUCUCACAGACACCACACAGACUCAAGUCCAGGAUGCUCGCCACGUGGACUCCCGACCAAGAACUUAACCAAGUCCGUCGCCGUUCCGGUGCCGACAUGAAGCGUAAGCUCUGGUGGUUCGACCUUGUUUCUCUCGGCGUCGGAGGAAUGCUUGGAGUCGGUGUCUUCGUCACGACCGGUCCGGUCGCACGUGAUGUCUCCGGUCCCGCGGUUUUCAUUUCGUACAUGGUCGCAGGUUUCUCGGCACUUUUGUCGUCACUUUGUUACACUGAGUUCUCAGUUAACGUCCCUGUCGCCGGCGGAGCUUUUAGUUAUCUUCGAGUCACAUUCGGUGAAUUUAUCGGGUAUUUUGGAGGAGCCAAUAUACUACUUGAGUACGUUUUGUCAAACGCGGCGGUUGCAAGAAGCUUCACAGAGUAUAUGUGUACGGCGUUUGGCGUUUCGGAUCCAAACGCUUGGAGAAUAAAAGUGAAUGGUCUAGAGAAAGGUUACAACGAACUCGAUUUCCCUGCCGUGGCUCUUGUUCUUCUCCUCACUCUCUGCAUUUGUCAUAGUACGAAGGAAAGCUCAAUGAUUAACCUAGUGAUGACAGUGUUCCAUGUUAUAUUCUUCGGGUUUGUAAUAAUCGCCGGAUUCUGUCACGGUGACGGAGCCAAGGCGCUCGUGGAGCCGCGAGGUUUGACUCCAUACGGCGUUCGAGGAGUCGUUAACGGAGCUACCAUCGUCUACUUCAGCUACAUUGGAUACGACACCGUUUCAACUCUCGCCGAAGAGAUCCAAAACCCUUCGUUUAGUCUUCCAGUUGGAAUCAUCGGCUCCGUCUCUGUCGUCACUGUCCUCUAUUGCCUCAUGUCUCUCGUACUAUGCAUCAUGGUCCCCUACAACGAGAUAUCAAAGAGCGCAUCGUACGCAGUUGCGUUUCGGAGGGUCGGGUGGGGUUGGGCAGGGAACGUGGUCGGUGCGGGUGCGAGCCUAGGGAUCGUGGCGUCACUGUUGGUGGCAAUGUUAGGGCAAGCCAGAUACCUUUGUGUGAUCGGUAGAGCCAGGCUGGUCCCUUCAUGGCUCGCCAAGGUUCAUCCUUCAACCGGCACUCCAUUGAACGCCACUCUCUUUCUCGGCCUAUGCACAGCUUCAAUUGCAUUGUUUACGGACCUAGAAAUUGUGAUGGAGCUGAUUUCCCUCGGAACGCUCUGCGUUUUCUACCUCGUCGCGAAUGCUCUUCUUUACCGCAAAUACACUUUAACAGGCCAAAACGCACCGCUUCACACUCUCUCGUUCCUCGCCUUCCUCUCUUCUUCCGCUCUCGCAUUCUCCCUCUGGUGGAAACUAAACAAACCGUGGUGGGGCCUAACGCUAUUUUUCUCGAUCGCUAUAGCGGUCACUGCCUUUUUUCAGUACCAUACGUCCUCGAUUUCAUCCUCGACAAACAAAAAUCUUCUGCCACCGAGUCCUUCCAAAUGGUCAGUGCCUUUCAUGCCAUGGCCACCCGCAAUUUCGGUGUUCCUAAACCUUUUUCUAAUGACAACGCUGAAAACGCUGUCGUUUCAGAGGUUUGCGAUUUGGACGUGCCUUGUAACGCUGUUCUACGUGUUGUAUGGCGUUCAUAGGACUUAUGAGGCCGAAGAGAUAGGUAGAGUCGAUGUUGCUGAAAGUCACGUGACUAGCAUUAGAGUGCAACCGGAAAAAGUGGACAGUAUCCAAAUGGUAAUUCCCUAA